AUGUCCAGACAACCAGAAAGAAGAUUAUCGAACCCUCCCGAACUGCUGACGAUGGAUUAUCCAGCCAGUGCGGCACAUGCCAUUGUCAAACAUGGGAAAUAUAUCGUUCUGGGAGGUCUGGGAUGUUGGUGGACUGAUAUGUAUGGAGUGGGAAAGAGGGUUUGGGAAGAGGAACGAUGGAUGAAAUCAGUCUUAGGGCUUGCUAUGAUCCUUCACGCACUCACAAUAACUAUAUUUCUCUAUCUAGUCUUGUUCCUUCCCUACAUCCGAGGAUAUAUUCCUAAUUAUCCCGAAUGGCAAAAAUCUACCCGUCUCCGUUUUCUCGUCCCCACCCUCACCUCCUCCAUUUUCGUAGGCUGGUGUAGCUUCGUACUAGCUCUGACUCAGGGAGGGGACGGUCUGAGCGGAAGAAGACAUAUGGGAAUGAUCAGUGCCAUGGCAGGUUCAACAGCGUUCUUCGCAUUCACUCUGGGUUGUUUAGGGAUGAUACCGUCCCCACGGGGUGUUCCCAUCCGGAGGAAGACACCUUGA